UCCUGAGCUUAUAUUCAGUCCAGAUGUGUCUAAAUAUAUGCUGGAGGGCACUGCAGUGAAUCUGAUCUGCUCUGCUGAAGCUCCCUGCCCCAAACAACCUCCUACAUUAUCCUGGACUAACAUCCCCAAAUCUGCCAACAUUAUAACACAGUUACAGGAGAAACCUGAUAAAACUCAUUCAGUGUUUUCCUCAAUGACCUUCAAUGCUUCAUACAUGGAUCACAGGAUGAACAUCUCCUGCACUGCAACAUAUCCAAGAAACAUCUCCAAUAACACAACUGUGAACAGCACAGUAAUGCUGCGAGUAAUGUUUCCUCCAAAAGAGACUCAUAUUAUUAUUGAACCAUCUGCUUCAGUCACUGUGGGCACUAAUGUAACUUUCACCUGCAAAAGCAAAGCAACACCAUCAAAUAACAUGAUGUACACCUGGUACAAACGUGGACAGAAGACACCUUUAGCACAGGAAAAGAUGAUGAGCUUCAUUGUAACUCAUAAUAAUACAGGAUGGUAUUUCUGCACAGCACUGAAUAAAUUUGGCAACCAAUCAUCAGACGAGAUUCAACUGUUAAUCACAGGCCCUGAUGAAUACACACUUGUAAUUGCUGGUUUGGGAGUUUUGGCUGUGCUUCUGUUUUUUGUUGGUUUAAGUAUGAGGUCAUCAAAGACAAUCAAUGAAUCCAGUGUCAGCUGGAGGGAUGUCUCUUAUCAGAGGAUUUUGGCUGAUGAUGAAACCCUCAUUAUCUACAAUGAAGAGAUUGACGUCUCAAAGCUGCAGAACUCAUCAUAACAACAGACUUCAGAUGAUGAACUCACAGAAAUACAGUAUACUCAGUUGUUAGAAUUAUCGUCUUUAAAAAAAAUUGUUUGUUUCAAAAAUAUGUGACCCAGUUUGUGAAAAUCCAGUUAAAACACGUUUUUGUGAAUUACUGUUUUCUACAUACAAUUAUCAUGUAAUGUAAAGAUCAUUCUGUAAUACUAUAACCUUGAAAUCAUUCAAAUUGAUCAUGUCAAACAUUAAGAGCCUCUUGUUUAUCAAAUCAAUAAUUAAUCUGGUACAAACAACAGUCACCACUAGAUGGCACUAGAUGAUUUCUAUCUAAAUCAUUUAAAAAAGA